AUGACCUACGUACUAACAGCAAUAUCACACAAUGAUAGUAAAUUUGAAACUGAGACAUUAGAUUCUAUAAAAGAGUUUAUCUCAAAUAACUUCACCCUCGUUUCAUCCAAAGAGUUGUCACCACGUGCAAUUGAUUAUGUUAUUCUGAUUAAUGAUUUUGAGUCUAGCAAAGAAAAUGUGAAAGAAUUUUCUAUAUCCAAGUCUUUUGAUUUAGUCAUCCAGCUAGAAUCAUCAAGAAAAACGAAAAAAUUGUUUAUUUUCGAUAUGGAUUCUACGUUGAUUUACCAAGAAGUAAUCGAAUUGAUUGCAAGUUAUGCCGACAUUGAAGACAAGGUCGCGGAAAUUACCACUCGUGCGAUGAAUGGAGAAUUAGAUUUUAAUCAAUCAUUAGCUGAAAGAGUAUUGCUAUUAAAGGGAAUUGAUGCAUCAUCAAUCUGGGACGAGUUGAAAUUGAAGAUACAAGUAACAAAUGGAGUGCCUGAAUUGUGCAAAGCAUUGAAAAAAUUAAAUAUAAUAAUGGGAGUUUGUUCAGGAGGGUUCAUUCCGUUGGCUGAAUUUUUAAAGGAGAAAUUGGGCUUAGACUAUGCUUUUGCCAACACCUUGGGAAUUGACGAUUCCAAUCGUUUAAACGGUACAACCGUUGGCCCUAUAGUGAAUGGAGAAAAAAAAGCUGAGUUAUUGUUAGACAUAGCCAAGAAACACAAAAUUGAUCCACUGGAUGCCGUUGCAGUUGGAGAUGGUGCUAAUGAUUUGAAAAUGAUGUUUGUAGCUGGAUUUGGUAUUGCUUGGAAUGCUAAACCUAAAGUACAGAAACAAGCUCCAGCCUGCUUGAACACAAAGAGCUUAUCAGACAUUUUGUACAUUAUGGGCUACAAUGAUAAAGAAAUAAAAGAGUUGAUAGAUUAG